AAUAAGCUCGCGCGGCUUCAGCAUCACUAGUGUGGCGCGAGCAGCGCGCGCAGACACUCGUGUUAAAACGCUAGAGUUAAACUGAUAUAUUUAUAUCUAAACUCUGAAGUGAAAGUGUGAAUUAACUGAGGAGAAUAAAGCGAUUUAAAGUGACAGGCGGUGAAGCGGCUCCGCUAAACUUCGGUGAGUGAGUUUGUGUGCGCGUGUCACACAGCUAAACUGCAGUUUCUAUCUUUCUCUUCUAUUAAUAACACACACACACACACACACACACACACACACACUACUGUCUGUCUCGGGUUCUCCUGCACAAGCUGGAAACUCUGAAGCGAAAAAUACCUGUUUAAAAAUAGACACGCAACGCGCGCGCUGUGGGUCGGAUCUUCAGUCAGUCAGCUCGCCCGCGGUCCUUCAGAGUCCGAGCUGAUCUCCAGUCAGAUUCCGGUGUGUGUGUAUCAGAUGAACUCAUCAUGGGUGAAGCGUUCACACACACGCAUCGCUGCGGGAAACAUCUGCGUCUGCUGCUCAUCAUACUGUUGUCAUGCGUGUGCGGCCUCAUGUGUGUGUGCAUGCUGCUGCUGACGCUCACAGGUUUUUUUGGAAAUGGCUUGCUGGAUACUGGAGGUUCGGUCUCCAUAGCAACCAAUGCGCCCUUUAGCGGUACAGGCCCCAACCAAUCAAGGGUCAACAACGGAACUGUGUCGGCAAAUACUAUCACACAGCAGGCUGUCCCGCCAACCACCCCAGUGCAGUGGGACUCCGCCCAAUGGAUGCCCCGCACCUCCUCAUCAGGUCCCACCUCCACUGCCUCUGGGUUGACCGAAGUUUUCACAGUGACGAGCAUCCAAACAGAGGCCGGUUCCUGCGCUGACAUCACAGAGAGUCAGUGUCACAUGCUGCCGUACAAUCAGACAGGCUUUUUGCUGGGGAUGACGUUGGUCAAGGGCAGCGAUGUGCAGAUGUUCCUGAAGUUUUUCAGCUAUCUGGGUCGUCUGUCCUGUUACAGGCACAUCAUGCUGUUCGGCUGCGCCACCGCGCUUCCACAGUGCAUCGGCCGCGAUGACGGCAGGACACUGAUACUGCCCUGUCAGUCAUUCUGUGAAACCGCUCGUAAAGCAUGUGAGCCUGUCCUGCAGAUGUUUAAUGCCUCCUGGCCGGAGUUUCUCCGUUGUUCCCAAUUCACCAAUAACACAGGCGCGUGUUACACACCCCGUCACACCCGAGGAAAAUCCUCCGUGUCUGGAGGAAGUGAUAACUUUCUGUGUGCGACUGGAAUAUGUGUUCCCCAGAAAUUGGUGUGCAACGGGCACAAUGACUGUGAUGACUGGAGUGAUGAGAUGGACUGCACAUGUUCAGACAAUCAGUAUUUGUGUACGACCGGCCGCUGUGUCUCGUCUGAUCUUCUGUGUGAUGGAUAUGAUGACUGUGGUGAUCUCAGCGAUGAGCAAAACUGUGUGUGUGACGAUGUUAAAGAGCAUCGCUGUGGAGACGGGCGCUGUGUUCCCAGAGAAUGGCUCUGUGACGGAGAUUACGACUGCCUGGACAAAAGUGAUGAGCUAAACUGCUCAUGUAAGUCCCAGGGUUUAGUGGAGUGCAAGAGUGGGCAGUGUAUCCCCAGUGCAUUCCGAUGUGAUGGUGAAGAUGACUGUAAAGAUGGCAGUGAUGAAGAUAACUGCACAAAACAACAAACUCAGGGUUUGUGUCCUCCUGGUCAGCCCAGCUGUAUUUCCACCUCCUGCCCUGCUGGCUGUCAUGGAAAUAAUUCCUGUGACUUUAACCACACCUGCAGUGGCUGUGAGCCGAUCUCUUUGGAGAUCUGUAUGAAUCUGCCCUACAACUUUACCAAGUUUCCAAACUAUCUGGGUCAUCAAUCCCAGAAGGAGACGUCAGUGAGCUGGGAGUCUUCGCUCUUUCCUGCUCUGGUUCAGACAAACUGCUACAAAUAUCUCAUGUUCUUUGCGUGUACCGUUCUAGUGCCAAUGUGUGACCCCUUAACGCAGCAGAGAGUGCCGCCCUGCAGAUCUCUCUGUAGGAAUUCAAAGGAGCGCUGUGAGUCAGUGCUAGGAAUUGUGGGAUUGCAAUGGCCUGAGGAUACAGACUGCACUCAAUUUCCAGAGGAAGGACAAACAAACAGCUCAUGUUUACUUCCAGACCCAGAUGUGAACGAAUGCUCUCCCAUUCACUUUAAAUGCGGUUCUGGCAAAUGUGUCCUCUCAUCCAAACGUUGUGAUGGACUCUCAGACUGUGAUGAUGGCAGUGAUGAGCAAACAUGUGGGUGUGUGGAGCGGGGCUUAUGGGAGUGUCCCAGUGACAAAACCUGCAUCCGUCACAACAUGAUCUGCGACGGCUUUCCUGACUGCAGCCGACAGGAAGACGAAGUUAACUGCUCGGCGUGCAGCAGUCAUGAGUUGGAGUGUAAUAAUCACGAGUGUGUUCAUCAUUCACUUUGGUGUGACGGCAAGAAACACUGCACAGACAGUUCUGAUGAAUGGAACUGUGUGUCUCUGUCUGAUAAGGGAACUGUGCUGGUGUAUAAAUCAGGGCUGGAGUAUCAGGUGUGUUCAGAUGGAUGGAGCUCCAACCUUAGCAGCAUCACAUGCAAACAGAUGGGUUUAGGUUCCUCUCUCUCCACUGAGGUAGUUCAGGAUAAGUUCUCUGCUGCGAUACGUAGACGCUGGCUGCAUGUCCGCCCUAACUGGAGUGAACACAAUAUGUCUCCAAUUCAGGAUCUACUGGGAAAGAAAGGGCAGAGCUGUCCGUCACACACAAGCGUAUCGCUGCGCUGUACUAAAGACGAAUGCGGGCGUCGCCCUGCAGCUCGAAUGGUGAAGAGGAUUCUGGGAGGGCGCACGAGUCGCCCGGGGCGAUGGCCCUGGCAGUGUUCCCUACAGACUGAUCCCAGCGGCCACAUAUGCGGCUGCGUGCUGAUCGGUAGGAAAUGGGCCCUAACUGUAGCGCACUGCUUCGAAGGACGGGAGAGGCCAGAUGUUUGGAAAGUAGUUCUUGGGAUUAAUAACCUUGAUCACCCUUCUCCAUACAUGCAAACACGACAAGUCAAAAGCAUCAUCGUUCACUCGCGAUAUAAUCAGGCGGUCGUGGACUAUGACAUCAGCGUGGUGGAGCUGGAGUCAGAAGUGGAGGUCACCAGUUAUGUCCGACCCAUCUGCCUGCCGGACCGCGGACAGCUACCCAAACCCGACAAAUACUGCCACAUAACGGGCUGGGGACACAUGGGGAACAGAAUGCCCUUUAAGUUGCAGGAAGGCGAGGUGCGCAUCAUUUCUGUCUCUCAGUGUCAGUCUUACUUUGACAUGAAAACCAUCACGUCACGAAUGCUCUGUGCCGGAUACGAGGCUGGAACCAUCGACUCGUGCAUGGGUGAUAGCGGAGGGCCGCUGGUCUGCGAGGAAGAGGAUGGCCGCUGGUCUCUGUAUGGUUUGACCUCUUGGGGCUCUGUGUGUUUCUCAAAGGUCCUGGGCCCCGGCGUCUACGCCAACGUCACUCACUUCACAGAGUGGAUCGAGAGACAGAUUUAUCUGCGUACGUUUCACCUGCUGUAGGAUGAACUGACACGUCAUUGGAGGAGGAAAGUAUUGGAUUGGUUCUCUCGAAAGAAUCAAGGAGAGUUGAUUCAGAUCAUAUGAUGACCAGAAACUCACUUUAUGCAUACACAGAUUUGAAUGCCUGUUGGUGUCCACCGCAACCGAGUUUCUUUCAGUAUGUUGCUCUGAAUUAAAUGAGAUAACUCGUUAUACUGCAAGUUGUUGCAUUGUAGAAUGAAUUGAAGUCGACUUCAGGCAAAACAACACAGAAAAUUAUGUAAAUGUGUCUAAAAGCUUAAAUUGCGCUCGAGGCCUGUGUGAUGUCACAUUUGACCUGACUUACAUACUCGUAUCAGAGCGAAAGUCAGCCGAGACAUCACUUACUCAGAUUAAGACGCUUGAUUUAGCUGUGCAGAUGCAUCGCGACGCUUCAGUAAAAGCAGAAAUGUAGUGUCCAACACAUAACAAAUAUUUAUUUCAAUAGUAUUUCAUUUCUAACUCAUUCAUAAGUUAUUAAAGGUGUAGCGGAGGAUUUUCUCAAAUUUUAGAAAAGAACCGCCUUCUCCACUUUUUAAAAAAAUGCAUUUGCGCAACACUCCUGAUUGACAACUAGGAGGACCAAUAGUCUUGAUGAUCCACCCGGAAAAAGAAAAUCCUCCGCAAUACCUUUAAUUCAGCCAAUGAGAACCGUCAAUGGUGUCAUCAACAUGGCACCCAUCAUGCACUAGGAGAGAGGCAUCACAUUUUCAUCCAUAUGUAAUUAAUCUACAUUUACAAAAGUGCAGCUAGAAACUGGAUUGGGUCAAUUUAUGAAAACUGUGUGUGGAGCAGGCGUCGUCGGUAUUUCACUACAGUAGUAUGUUGCUUUAGUACUGCAUAGAUUUGUGUUUUUUCAGUCUGCUGUCUGAGUGUAGCAAAAAAUCUGCUCAACGCUCAAACUUUUCUUGCACCUAUGAGAAAGUAAUGUGUUUGUUCCUGUGGCAGCCAAAAUGUGUUUGUGCUGCUUACGCUCCAGAUGUCUGUUUUGUGAAACGUUUUUUUACACCACGGUCAAAGGGCUCCUCCUUCUCUUUGCGUUAUCUCUGCUGCUAUUUGUUGAACCAAUGAUAUUCAAUGAUGUCUAUGUUGAUUUACAUCUGUGUGUUUAGUGGUAGUUUAUAUCUUCCACAGUUUAUGUGAACAUUUUGUACAGUAUGUGCGUGUGUGUGUGUGUGUGGGUCAAGUGCUUCUACAUUUUAGUGCAACAUUCCUUGUGUGUUGUAGGUUUUUUAAAGAAUAUUUUUCUACAGAUUUUGUGCACAUGUAAUGGUAAAUCUGGCCCUGAUGUACUAUGUUUUAAUGCUUUGUAAAUACACUUGUCAUUUAUGUAAACUGCACAUUAAAGAUUUCUUUCCAUUA